CGUCAGUCCGGCCGCGGCUACGGCGGCAGGAGCGCAUCUCGGCGCCGCUUGGGGCUGCGCUCGGCGCGCGGACUGUGAGGAGGAGGCGAGCGAGGCUGGCGUGGGGUUGGCGGCCGGACGCAUGGCUUAGGACGCCCCGCCGCCGCGCCCCAGCAUGGGGAAACUUCACUCGAAGCCGGCCGCCGUGUGCAAGCGCAGGGAGAGCCCGGAAGGUGACAGCUUUGCUGUGAGCGCUGCUUGGGCACGGAAAGGCAUCGAGGAGUGGAUCGGGAGGCAGCGCUGUCCAGGCAGUGUCUCAGGACCCCGACAGCUGAGAUUGGCAGGCACUCUUGGUCGAGGCACCCGGGAGCUGGUGGGUGACACUUCCAGAGAGGCACUCGGCGAGGAGGACGAGGGCGACUUUCAGCUAGAAGUGGCCCUACCACCCCAGAAGCCAGACAGCCUGGGCAGUGGGGAUGAGAAGAGAAUGGAGAAACUCAGUGACCCUGGCCCCGGCUCCAAGAAGCAGCUCAAGUUUGAGGAGCUUCAGUGUGAUGUUUCCGUGGAGGAAGACAGCCGACAGGAAUGGACUUUCACUCUCUAUGACUUUGACAACAAUGGCAAAGUCACCCGUGAGGACAUUACCAGCUUGCUGCACACCAUCUAUGAGGUGGUUGAUUCGUCUGUGAACCAUUCCCCCACAUCAAGCAAGACCCUGCGGGUGAAGCUCACUGUGGCUCCUGAUGGGAGCCAGAGCAAAAGGAGUGUCCUUUUCAACCACACUGAUCUGCAGAGCACAAGGCCCCGGGCAGACACCAAGCCUGCUGAGGAGCUUCGUAGCUGGGAGAAGAAGCAGCGGGCCCCUCACAGGUUCCAGGGUGACAGCCACCUGGAGCAGCCAGGCUGCUACCAUCAUUGUGUAGAUGAGAACAUCGAGAGGAGAAACCACUACCUAGACCUGGCGGGGAUAGAGAACUACACGUCUCAGUUUGGACCCGGCUCCCCUUCGGUGGCACAGAAGUCAGAGCUGCCCCCUCGAAUCUCCAACCCCACUCGCUCCCGCUCCCAUGAACCAGAAGCCGCCCACCUCCCACACCGGAGGCCCCACGGUGUGGACCCGGGCUCCUUCCACCUCCUGGACACCCCGUUUGCCAAGGCGUCAGAGCUCCAGCAACGGCUCCGGGGUACUCAGGAUGGGGGCAAGCACUUCGUGAGGUCCCCCAAGGCCCAGGGCAAGAACACGGGAAUGGGCCACGUGGCCAGAGGUGCAAGAAGCAAGCCCCCAUUGGUGCCCACCACCCACACUGUGUCCCCCUCUGCCCAUUUGGCCACCAGUCCAGCCCUCCUCCCCACCCCGGCACCCCUGGGGCACAAGAAGCACAAGCAUCGAGCCAAGGAGAACCAGGCAAGCUGCCGGGGCCUGCAGGCCCCACUGGCCGCGGGAGGCGCCACCGUCAUGGGGCCAGAGCAGGUGAGGGAGCUGCCUGCUGUGGUGGUGUAUGAGAGCCAGGCUGGGCAGGCCGUCCAGAGACAUGAGCACCACCACCACCACGAACAUCACCACCACUACCACCACUUCUACCAGCCCUAAGCCCCACCCGGCCGCCACGUGAAGGACCCAUCCCCACGCCUCGAGGCAUUAUUAUUCUAUUAAUUAUUGUUAUUAUGACAAUUAUUGUUAUUAAUAAUUAUUGUUACUCCACUAAUAUUUAGCUAGCCUUCAUGUAGAAGAUAUAUGGAAACACAGAACUAAACUUUUAUUUAUAUGUUGUGGGGAUUAUAUAACGCACCCAGGAAGUGACUCUGGGUUUGGAAGGGUCCUUGGGCCACCCCAGCGGCAGGGUCCACGCAGAUCUUCCCAAACCACAGGAGUCCUCGGCCCAGCCACCCCACUCCGGCUCUUCCAGGAGAGCACCCUUGCCUGGCCCAGCUUCAGAGACCCUCGAGAGCUCCAGAGGGCAACAGCUGCUACCUCUCAGUGUUAUUCCGGUCUGACUUCGCCCUUAACUGAUUGUAACGUGCUACAGGGGACUUCAGUGGACUGCCAUCGCGAUGGCCUCUCUGCCCUGGUGUUUCACGCCUCAACCUAGACACCCUAGCUGUGGAGUCACUGCCUCGCCUUUCCAAAGGGAACAUGCCCAAGCCAACCCCAUCCCUUUUGGUUUCCAUGCACAAUGUGGAAGUGCCCCUCUCCUCCUGUGCCCCCCUUUGCUUUUGAAGGAUGUACCUGUGUUUGAGGAUUGUCCUUGAAGCCAGCCUUCUCCUUUUGGAAACUGCUACAGAGAGAAGCAACCACAUAAGGAAGCGUGCUUUCCCAAAAUGGCCCCAUUGCAUGGUGGAGGGUGUGAGACCCGAGUUUGCCAUCAGCAAAUACACGUUGUGGCUCUCUGGCCGCCUUUGUAUCUAUAGGUAGAUGCUGCCUGUCCGUGUCUCUGUAUCUUUCUAUAAAUACACUCUCAGGUAUCUUU